UCCUUCACUUUGAGAUGCUCAUCAUCUUCGGCUGCUUACGUUUGGUAAUUCAAGAGGAUAUCCAUGACCUUGUAAAUGCUGAAAUCGAAUAGGGUUAAGGGCUCUGGUUCAUGUCCUCUUUGUAUAAAAAGAGCAAGUUUUAAACUUUAGACGUGGACUACAAAUUCAGACAAGGGCUGACGAGAUGCAGCUCUUCAGCUCUAUCGCUUUCAGCUCCCUGCUUAUAUUCGCAGUUGGAAAUUCAGAUUUGGUCCAAGCCAGCAGCAAAUUACGCGAAACUGAAAAGGAAGAAUCAGUUUUGAGAAAUGUUUUACGAGCACUGAUAGAAAGAAACCAUGUCCGUCAGCAAAAGAAUAGUUUGCAUUUUACUGGAAGAAAUGCUGAUAUUUCGCUGAAGCGAGAAAAUGAAGCAAACAAAGAAAAUACUGCUGACGAUGACCUUGGGAACGACAACGAAGGGGAUGUGGACAAUGCUCAUGAUUACAAGGUGUUGGGGAAAAAGGGCGACUCUAAGGCUGUCCACGACAAAUACAGAAAAGACCACAUUAAGAAUGCCCAUACUGAUAACACAGAAGCUGGAGUACAAGAAGAGGAAGAGGAAUGCAAUGAGUACUAUCACCAAAUAGAGAUGGCAAUCAAACAUGGCCGAAAUCCAGAUGACGUUUCAAAGCCGGAUGUCGAUUGUGAGAUCUAUCAGAACGAAAAAAGAAUGAAUGGAAGAUCUAAACGAUUUGCCAUCUUGAAUCCAGGUGUAUGGGAUAGAGGGAUCGUGCCAUACUUAUUUGAUGCCGUAUCAAUGUAUGACGAAGAAAAGCAGUUCAGUAGGAUUCGCGCACACAACCACUACGAGUACUGGACAUGUCUGAGGUUCAUCCCGUACACAGAGACCACCCAAAUUGACUACGGUUUGAGUCACAACAAUUACCUCAAACACCUCAGUACAGGAGGAUGUUGGUCAUUUGUUGGCAAUCUAGCUAAAAAGAACGGUCAAAAUAUCAACUGCUGUGGUAAUGAUGUUUGUGUGCAUGAGCUUGGUCAUGCUUUUGGGCUGAACCACGAGCAGAAGAACCCUCUGUACAAUGACUAUUUGAGUGUUCAUUAUAGCAACAUUCAGGAGAGUUACAAGAGUCAGUAUUACGAACGUAACAUUAAAAGUAGCUGGAUGUUCGGGUAUUAUGAUCUGUCGAAUGUGAUGCAUUACGGAAUGUAUACUUUCACGACUGGAGGUCCAACGAUGUCUGUGUUUGAUCCUGAUCUUGAAUAUCUUGUGAAAAAAACGGAUCCUUAUCAAUAUUAUUUGUUCAGCGAGGUGUCUCAGAUUACAGAUUGCAAAGGACUAAAGUGUGGUGAUUUUACACUGACCUGUGACAAUUCUGGAUACCAAGCUUACAUCAAAGAUCAGUGCACCUGCCGCUGUCCAGAAGGACUUGAUCCAGCCAUGGGAUGUCGCACGCGCUACGACGGAGACCGAAUGUUAGCUUCCAAAUGGCCGUCUGAUUCCUUUACGAUUCUCGGUACACAGACCACUGGUUGUCCAAGUGGAUUUUACGAAGGCAGUCUCACUCAGCAUCACAAGGAUACUAAACAAAGUCACGUCAGUUCUAUAUUUAGUGCUGAUGUAAUAUCUGAACCGACAUCUACGGCAUACAAUUUUUGUACAAAGAAGAAAACUGACGAAGAUGCUACUUCAUUGAGUUGGCCAGCAGGAAAAUACUGCAUAUAUCAACAAGACGAAGUGUGUCCUUCAGGGUUUACUUCGGGAUACAUUCAAUACGAUGAUUUGGAAAACCCUUCUAACAUUUCCGGAAUUCUUCCUAAUGGACAGUUUGAGAGCGACUCAAGAUUCUAUUUCUGUUGCCGCAGUGACGGUUCGACUUCCUCACCAGUAAAUCUGCCCUCUGGGGAACCUUUCAUUAUAUUUCCGUCUACGAGAUACUGUCAGGAAGUUACAGGAAUGACAUCAAAUAGACAAUACUUAAGGAUUAAAAACGACCAGGAAUUAUUGCAUACAAAUGGAGAUAUACCGUACAUGACGAUUAGUUACACUGUUAACUACAAACUAUACUUCUGUUACUACACACCACUGGGAUUCAACGUCGACUCAACAUCUUAUUCAAGAUGGCCAGCAGAACCGUUUUCUUUGAUACAGGCGUCUAAAGGGUGUCCUAAAGGUUUUGAGACGGGGCAAUUUGUGGAGUACUCCUAUUACUCCUCGCUUUCUUCAGAUACAUAUUCCGCUCUGACAUCCUCAGACCAAUCUUUACAAUAUCAAUUCUGUACAAAACCUCAGACUAGCCCUAUAGGAGAACAAACAACGUGGGGCCCUGGUUCUUACUGUAUCAUAAGAUCUGGAGGGAGUUGUCCUGAAGGAUUCAGUGAAGGAACAAUAUCACUGAAGGAUAGUCAACCCCCAUCUGACAUCUCUGGAUCCCUCCCUGAUGGUUCCUAUGAUGAUAGCGUCACUUUCCAUUUCUGUUGUCGAGAGGAUGGUUUCACUAGAAACCCGCUUCUUAUUCCAAACAGAGAGCCCUUCAUUUUGUUCAAAGAAACCUCAUCAUGCCAGAGAGUUGAUGAUAUGAGCUUUGAGGAAGAAACAUACACAGUAGGUACAAAAGACAAUGUUCCGACAACAUCUGGACAUAUUCCAAAAAUCUUAGCCAGGUCAUACGGAAAAGUCUAUUUCUACUUCUGUUACUACUAUCCAACAACCUAUGACUGUGGAAAAACAAUACAUCUUUCAACGACCGGACAAACCGCCGUCGAUAUUUCCAGUCCUCAAUACCCCUUACCGUACCCCUCUGGAAGAAAAUGUUACUGGAACAUAAUAGCACCACCUGGAUUUAAACUCAAACUUGACUUCGAUGAUUUUGAUAUUGUGGCUAAUUCAGAUGGAACAUGUGAGGAUAGCUUGGAAGUAAGGCAUUCACUUCCGGGUCAGUUUGGAUUAAGUUAUUGUGGAGACAGAUUUCCGAACACAGUUAUUACAGAAGAGAAUCAGUUAGGUUUAACCUUUGAAACCAGUCUCCGUAAUUCUGCAAAAGGAUUUUCUGCUCAAGUUACUUUACUAAAUGAAAAUGAUUCCAGCUUCUGUUACACCAACAACGGAGAAAACUACAGAGGAACAGUUGAUAUAACCAGACGGUUUGCCAAAUGUGUGCCUUGGUCAGAAGUCAAACACUGUUUAAGUAGUACAUACAAUCCUAUGGAUCUUGAUGACGAUCUUCUCAAUAAUUAUUGUCGAAAUCCUGGCCACGGCACCAGACCUUGGUGCAUUACCAACAAGUAUCUGUGUACCAGGGGAUAUUGUGACGUUUGUGGAAUCGAAAAAUGUUUCGACAUAUUUGAUGAUUGCGAAGAAAGGGUAACAGAUAUGCUGAGUUGUGAAAGAGAUCCUGAACUACAAAGAGGCUGUAGGAUGUCUUGCAAUCUGUGCAAUCAACAACUGCAAACAGGAGUUGGUUCAGUAACGUGUGGAAUGCCGGUGGUACCCUCAGAUUCAACAAGUGGAGUCCUUAAAGAAAGUUACUCUGUUGAUGAGACGGUGGUACUUUCUUGUGAAACAAACGCUUUCGAGACUCAGACAAUCACCUGUUUAGCUGACGGAACAUGGUCAAACGCAGGAUUUACUUGCGGACGUUGUAAAACCGGAUGGAUACCUUACCAGGGCCAGUGCUACAAGGCGUUUUACGAUGAAGUUGAUCGUGAUACCGCAGUAACGAGAUGUGCGUCUGAGAACAACGCGAUACUAGCUUCUAGCAGGGACGCAAAGGAAAAUGAAUUCCUGACAAGUUUAGUACAAGAUGGUGUUUACUUCUGGAUUGGUAUUGAAGACAAUCUCUGGGCAGAUGGAGAGCCGGUGGAAUGGACUAACUAUAAAUCAGGUUCAACAAAGAGCUGUGCUUACAUUGCCGAUGGGGACGGGAAAUGGAGGGGUACCAGCUGUUCUUCAGCCAAGUACAUUCCCUAUGUCUGCUCGUAUUCUCCACAAGCUAGAAAGAUUUGCAAAGAUGCUUCAGACAAUUGCAGAAAGUAUGUAAACGCUGACGCCCAAGCAUGCAGUAAUGAUGAGUUUGUAUGGCAUACAUGUCCAAAAACUUGUGGAUACUGCAAACAAAUAGAGGACAAUUGUCCUGUGCCCAGCGUUACCUUAGAGAGCAACACAGAACUGGUCAACUCCGACAGUGCUCUAGCAAUCGGUGACGUGUUACAGUAUAGGUGUAAAUCAGGAUAUUCCCACACCCAAGGUGAUCUCUACCGAGCCUGUAAAAGAAGUGGGUCGUUUACAGGGGAUCCGCCUCAAUGUUCAGUGUCCAGUACAGUACCAGAACCCAACAAUUACGCACCUUUGGUUUCCAUGGGAAAAUCUCUUUCAACCCGAUAUAGCUACACCGGUGUCAACGCCAUGAUGACGAUUCAGAAGAGUGGUAAACUCGUCAAAUGGCGGUUCUACAGCGAGACAGACGGAACGGUGGCUCUACAAGUCUGGAGACCAACCUCCACCGAUAAAACAUACACGUUGAUUGGUCAGAACGAGAUACCUGAUUCAUUUGUUGGCGGGAUUCGUACCUUUGAAGUCCCCACUGAAAACCAAAUUGACGUCCAAAAUGGGGAUCUGAUCGGCAUCUUUUCUCUCAAUGCGGAGAUCCCUUUUGAGCGAUGUGAUACCGCUACCAAUGGAGAGACAUAUGGGUCAGUCCUGAAGUCAGUGAGCAAGAAAUACUCGGUGUCUGAUUGGUCCGUUUCUACACAGUACACGUUUCAGGAUGUCUCCGACAGCUGUAGGAUUAUACCCGUAACUGCUUUUAUUAUGUAGAUUAAUAUUUCAAAUCUCUUUAAUAUGAACAUUUAAACUAGUUUCUCAAAUUGCAUAGUUGAAAUGAAUUUGAUUAAUUUUGACUUAUAUAGAAAAACAACCAAACUUUGUAUCGUAAAUGAAAAAGUAUUUCCUUACACUUCCAGUAUGGACCGUUUUCAGUAGGAUUAGCAAGUCUUUGGUAGUUAAUGCAUUCACUCGCUAAUGAAAUAAAUUUUUUAAU